CCACACCUCAGAGGCACUCAUCGCCCUUCCUGCCCUCCUCCCUCCGUGCCGAGAGUCAGUCAGCAUGCACAGCUCCGUCCUCAAGAGCCUGGCGGUGGUGGUGGUGGUCGCCGUCUGCCUGGUGCCCCGCGUUGAGGCUGUCCUCGAAGACCUACUUGAUGGCGUGGCCGUUAAGCUGCUCGCCCAGGGAAGUUUGAGCGGCCUGGACUUUCUGGACCACGAAUGUGAGCUGAGUAAGGACUUUGUGUUAGAUGGACUGAACCUGUACUUCACGGCCGAGAUGACGUGCUCUGGGUGGACCGAGAUCGUUGGCGAAGCCUUGGGCCCCGACUUAGGAGUGCUUGCCAUGGCCAUCAAGGACUUCGUCAUUAAGGCCGUGGUACAAGGUCUCAUCACUGAAGUGGAACUCCAGGCAUGGCUGGAGAUUGAGCUCGUUGGCUAGGAUGGCUCUCCUCUCAGUCCUCACCAAGUGCCUUAUUUACCUUACAUAAGAACAUAAGAACGUAGGAGUCUGCAAGAGGCCGGUAGGCCUGUACGAGGCAGCUCCUUUGAACCUAAGCUCCCGUAUAUAACCCCACCUAAUAUCGCUGUCCAUGAAUUUAUCUAAUCGAUUUUUUAAUGUGACAAUUGUAUUGGCACUCACCACGUGACUGCUAAGCCUAUUCCACUCAUCCACCACUCUGUUAGUAAACCAAUUUUUGCCUAUGUCACUGUUGAAUCUGAAUUUAUCCAGUUUAAACCCAUUACUUCGUGUUCUACCCGGACACGGGUUGUUGCAAGAUACCUUGUUGCAAGAUACCUUGUUGCAAGACUGGACCUGCUGAGUCAAGUGGAAGUUCAUUUACCUCUUCUUCGGACGUCCUCCUUUCUUUUAGAGAUGUACCGGGUUCAUUUACCUCACCUGUUCAGAUAAACCAGUGGAAUGGUUUUUUUUUCUAAUUGCCUAUUUUUUUUUCACUGGUUGUAUUAAUCUCAGUGACUUCUAUUGGACAUUUUUUUAUGAUCCUUAGUCAGGUUGGGCCUCACGUUGGCGGUGAACGAGGCUUCACUGUUGCCUAAGCUAAAGCGCAGCAUUCUGACAUUUCGUCCUCUUAUCUCAUUCAAAAUUUAAAUUUCACUAAUUAUUUCCCUUAUUAGUGUGUUUUGUUGUCCAGGCUAUUGAUGCAAUGGAAAAAUAAAAAUACUUAAAUUACUCUUCCUGAUAUAUGAAUGUCCCUACAUACCGUAAAUGUACGCCAUUCCUUCUCUAUAUAAGACAAUGAUGAUAGUCGCGAUAUUGUUAAUACAGUUAAUAUUGACAUACAUAUAGUUAAUGCUAACAAUAAUACAUACAGUUAAUGAUACAGUUGAUGCUGACCAUAAUUAUGGAGAUGUGUGGCCAGAGACUGCAUACGUAAGCUGUGGUCCAAGGUAAUAGUCAUAUUAUAUUAAUAUUUAAUAAUGAUGUUUAUUUUGGUAGUCAGCGUGGUGGGGUGGGCCGUGAGUGCGAGGAAUAAUGCUGGAGACAAAGCCAUCAACGGUAGUAAAUGCCAAUAGGAAAUAUAUCGUGAGGACACUAAUAAUAAGAAACAAACGAAUUGGAAAGGAAGACGUGUAUGAUAUCUUGUAUUCACUCAUCUCCUACUGAUGGUCUCUAAUAUCGGGUAACGGCACCCGCACAGUGACAUCGGCUCUAUUGGUACCCCUGUAUGAGUUAAGAUUCCUCCCCUCACCCACUCCUCGGCGCCAUGGAGGAGUGCUGUGACGAUGGAUACAUAGCUUAAGAGAAGGCCACCUCCCAAGGAUGCAGCCAUAAAGGAGCUGAUUGCCCCCCCUUAAUCUAUUCCAUCCCGGUAUCAAAAACGGUCCUGCUAUUGAUUCUGAGCCGAGCGUGCUAACCCCUGUACCAUGGACCAUUCAAUAAUUUCUAGACGGAUUUAAAGGUGUCUAGGAUUAUCUUUUCCAGUGUGUUAAUCCAGGUAAGGUUAAGCAUUGAGGCGGCGGCGAAGGUGAAGGUGAAGCAACACAUGGAGAGGAGGGAUGGAGGGAGGCACCAGGUCAAGGGAGAGGGAGGUCGACAGAGAGCCAACUUGUCUCAAACAGGCUUAGUGUAUACCGUUGCUUCCAAGGACUGUCUAUAUCACGCAUGACUGGAUAUUUCCUAAACAUUUUUUGCAGCGUAGGAUUUUUAUGCAGGUGUUUGGGGUCACGUAGGAUGUAGGUUAGGUUGGUUGUGGGUGGACUGUGAGGUUGGAGUGAGGUUUGGUUAGAUAGAUAGAUACUUUUUUGUCUAUACGUUUUCCUUUCCAUUCAUUAAUCCAUAUAUCUUUAUGUGUCUAUCUGCAUUUAUCAAUCUGUUUAUUCAUCUUUUUUUUUUCUAAGUGCUGCCUUUAGCGCCGGUAAGCUGUCUUGAAGGGUCUCUUAGACGACCCCAGCCCAUUAGUGGCGCAGGCGAAUUUUAUUUAUAGUGGCUGCCGUGAUAUGACUCUUGCUUAUCCCAUGCUGCUGCUCGGUGCUCCAAUUGAACAAAGUCGCUGAAGUUAGAGUUGACUGACGAUCUGGGCAGCAUGUGGGUAAUCUUCGGCCACUCGGCGAUGGUAUGAAAAAUCAGAGUGUGUCUGUGGAGCUCGAACAUAGGUCCACGGACUCACCACGCCCGCACGCUGACCACUCGGCCACCGCCUUUGUCUAUGAUUCUCCUUUUAUCUGUCAGUCAUAUUAUAAUUGUCUUCCUGCGUACUCCAACAAAAUAAUCAAAGGGGAAGAAAGAGUUAAUGAACAGAUAUAGAUAGAUAGAUAGAUAGAUAGAUAGGUAGAUAGAUAGAUAGAUAGAUAGAUAGAAACAAAUAACUCGACUGUAUCUGUGAAGCUCUAUGUAAACUCCAGGUUCUUAAUCAUGCCUUGGAAAUGCCUCAAGGGUGCCCAUUGCUGAGGUAUUGAAAUAAAUUAAAACUCUUGGUUUGUAAUCAUAUACUACGCGAGUAUAACGCACAUAGAUCAUUGCGUUUCUGUACAAGAAACUGUCUUCUGCAUCGUUAUUCUAAUGUUGUGGAACACAUAAAUCACCACUAUGUACAAACACGAGUGCAAACAUGCUGAAUAUUUCGAUGAUAGUACCAGUAAUGAUAUUUAUAAUUAGAAUGAUGAUAAUAAUGAUAAUAGUUAGAAUAAUUAUAAUAAUAAUUAUACCAGUACCAGUAAUGAUAGUUAUAAUUAGGAUGAUGAUAAUAAUGAUAAUAGUUAGAAUAAUUAUAAUAUAAUAACAAUUAUAAUAAAAAUAAUAAUAGAUAUAAUAAUAAUAAUAAUAAUAAUAAUAAUAAUAAUAAUAAUAAUAAUAAUAAUAAUAAAAAUAAUAAUAAUAAUAAUAAUAAUAAUAAUAAUAAUAAUAAUAAUAAUAAUAAUAAUAAUAAUAAUAAUAAUAAUAAUAAUAAUCAUAAUAAUCAUAAUAAUAAUAAUAAUAAUAAUAAUAAUAAUAAUAAUGAUGAUGAUGAUAACAAUGAUAAUAAUAAUGCCACCCACAAUACUGAUAAAGACAGUCAUAAGAAAAAGAAAAAUAAUAAUGCCGCUCACAUUACAAGUAAAAACAAUUAUAAGAAAAUUCCCAAUGAUAAUUAUAACAUUAAUAACGACAAAACCAUGGCCUUCACGGGGGUGGCUUACGCACCGGGACAUAACUCAUCCCUCGUUCGACACCGGGUGCUAAGGAAGGCCUCGUGACUCCAGCUGAAAGGGACGCCAAGGCAGGCAGGCGAGGCGAGGCAAGGCGUGGUGACCUGAGUGGGAAGAGGCACCCACCGGCCUUGGCACUCCUUAGCACCCUGUCUCGGCACCGUCCCCCUGGCUACCCUAAGCUCUCCAGCAGCCUAACUGAGGGUCAAAAUGGCGAUCUACGACUCAUACUUAGCAUUCCCUGAGCUGAGAUAACCUAUGAUCCUGAGGGAGGCGACGUGAGGCUCUGUAAGGCUGCCCACCGCGGCGACUCAGGAGAAACCACUUGACUUGUUUCCGGGUCAUGUAAACAGAGAGCACCUGUUGCCCUCGAUGGAAUAGUCAAUGGACAGAAGAAAGACUCGGCUGACGAGGACGAUGAUGAGAGAGAUGGAAGUCAAAGGAGAGGAAAUAGUAUAGGCCUCAGACCAUGCCCUCGCGAUUAGUUCAUGAAAUAAUUACCCUGUUUUCAUUUCAAGACAAGUAGAAAGACGCUGGCAGACGGGGAAGAACGGUAUCGAAGGAGGUGUGAUUUGAGUAGAGGGAUACAGCAUCGGCCUCAGAACUUGCCCAAACGCUAUACCAUUGAAACAUACUAAUACCCUGCAAGAUUUGUGUCCCUUAAGCUCUUCAUUUAGAUAAAAAGACAGAUGAGAGUGGUUAUUAGGAACACAUGUCACUACUGAAAAGGACUGGAAACUUCAAGAGCUGCCAGGUAACUUAUUCUCAAACGCUUCGACACCUUAGUACUUCUGUUUAAAAAGGCUCUCGUAGAAGUAUUAGGGAAUCCCAUGGGUGGUUUAAUGACCCUAGCGGUAGAAUAGCAAGGUUUCAGCGCCAUAAAUGGGAAAACACUCACGAGAACCUGUCUUAUUUUCUCCGUGGCCUUUAAAAACGGUCGCAGCAAGAGACCCGAAUCGUUUGAAAGCACGAGACCUGGUCUGAUACAAAAAGGAAAAAUUAUCUGAGAUCCAUCCCGUUUGUACCCUGUUUGAUGAAUGGACAAAAAGAAGGGCGGACGGAAACUGUCGGAACGCGGAAAUCAGGAAGCACAUGAAGCUGGACAGCAGACCUGAUGGUCUUUACGAGGCUGUUUGCUGCAUUCAACAAAGGAGUAUUAUGUAACAAGCGCCCCUCCCUUUCUCCGUGGAUGGAGAGCAUACACAGGAUGCCCAAGGCUGCUGCAGAACGACAGCAUGUGGUUAGCGGUAAACCCAACAAGGAAGCAUUGCGCCCCGUGCGUCCUCUCUUUACAUAUACGUCAGAACUGAGCUUGCGGACUGACAACGAGCAGGAAAGGACACGCGAGGCUGGCUAGGAGGAGAGAGCAAGUGGCACUGAACCUACUGAGCGAUGAAGUCAACAAGGAAGUAUUAUAUAAGAGGUGCCCGUGUCGCCAUGACCCACUGAGGGACUUUUCACCACUGAAGACGUCCCGGCGCCACCCCCAUGAGUACGGGUUACUGAGUUAAUGCGACGGGUGAAGGAGGCGACGAGGCAGCGACGCUAUAGACAUCACGACGAGGAAAGUACCCCCUCCCACCCUUAGUAGUGAGAGAGAGAGAGAGAGAGAGAGAGAGAGAGAGAGAGAGAGAGAGAGAGAGAGAGAGAGAGACAGAGAGAGAGAGAGAGAGAGAGAGAGAGAGAGAGAGAGAGAGAGAGAGAGAGAGAGAGA